CGCGACAACAGGUUAGUAGCUGAUCCUCAUUGAACUGACAACACCAACGAUCUUCUAGCUGGACGAAGCCAAAGAUCGGCUCAAAAACAAAAUGAAUAUCAAGCCACCAGUCUGAGUGUCCAGGCCGGACAGUAAGGUAGUGUUUCAAGUAUCUAGAAGUGUCGUGUCGAGUAAUAAUAUACACAAGAAUUAGGAGGUUAUUCGAAGCUUCUGAUAGUUUAUUUCUGGUAAGCUGUCAACUAAACCAACAAAUAUGGACAGAAUUCUCGAAAGAAUAAUUUUGAGCACGGGGGGUCCAUUGGAAGAAUCAGAUGAGGAGACUGUUAUAGAUGUACCAAUUGCUGACACUGCUGAACAGGUGUACAUUUCUUCCUUGGCAUUGAUGAAAAUGCUGAAACACGGCCGAGCUGGAGUACCUCUGGAAGUCAUGGGUCUUCUGCUUGGUGAAUUUAUUGAUGACUACACAGUUCGAGUUGUCGAUGUUUUUGCGAUGCCGCAGACUGGAACCGGUGUAAGUGUGGAAGCAGUGGAUCCAGUGUUCCAAGCAGAAAUGUUGCAAAUGCUGAAACAAACUGGCAGACCAGAAAUGGUAGUUGGCUGGUACCACUCCCAUCCUGGAUUCGGAUGCUGGCUGUCUAAUAUUGAUAUCAGCACGCAGCAGUCGUUUGAAGCUCUCAGCAAAAGAGCAAUAGCCGUUGUAAUUGACCCCAUUCAGUCGGUUAAGGGCAAAGUAGUUAUCGAUGCAUUUAGGUUAAUUAAUCCAGAUAUCAUACUUAUGAGACAGGAGUCAAGACAGGUAACUUCCAACUUGGGUCACCUUCAAAAGGCAUGCAAAAAGGCAGUGGUUCAUGGAUUGAACCUGCAUUACUACAGCAUUUGCAUUACUUAUCGCAAAAACGAACUCGAGCAGAAAAUGUUGCUAAACUUGCACAAAAAGACAUGGAUGGAUGGCUUGACACUUACAAAGUAUUCAGAGCAAAGUAAAAUCAAUGAUGAUACAGUUCAAGAAAUGCUUGAAUUAAUGAAAAAUUAUAAGAAGUCUCUCGAGGACGAGGAAAUGUUAACUCCAGAACAUUUGGCAAUUAGACACAUUGGUAGUCAAGAUCCGAAACGACAUUUGGAACAGAAAGUCGAUACUCUCAUGUCAUCUAAUAUCGUUCAAUAUUUGGGUGCUAUGCUCGAUACCGUAGUCUUCAAAUAACUAUCUGAAUUGAUUUGAAAACCCGAUUUAAAAAAAUAGACACGUUCUUAAUAUUGCCUCGAG